AUGGGCGAGAAGCUGGAGCUGAGGCUCAAGUCGCCUGUGGGCGCCGAGCCCGCCGUCUACCCGUGGCCGCUGCCGGUCUACGACAAGCACCAUGAUGCUGCUCAUGAGAUUAUCGAGACUAUCCGGUGGGUCUGCGAGGAAAUCCCAGAUCUCAAGCUGGCCAUGGAGAACUAUGUCCUCAUCGACUACGACACCAAAAGUUUUGAAAGCAUGCAGAGGCUGUGUGACAAAUACAACCGGGCCAUCGACAGCAUCCACCAGCUGUGGAAGGGCACUACACAGCCCAUGAAGCUGAAUACUCGGCCGUCCAAUGGACUCCUGCGCCACAUCCUGCAACAGGUGUACAACCACUCUGUCACUGACCCGGAGAAGCUUAACAACUACGAGCCCUUCUCCCCUGAAGUGUACGGCGAGACCUCCUUUGACCUGGUGGCCCAGAUGAUUGAUGAGAUCAAGAUGACUGAAGAUGACCUGUUUGUAGACCUGGGCAGUGGUGUGGGGCAGGUUGUCCUUCAGGUCGCUGCGGCCACCAACUGCAAACAUCACUACGGAGUAGAGAAAGCGGACAUCCCAGCCAAGUACGCAGAGACCAUGGACCGAGAGUUCAGGAAGUGGAUGAAAUGGUAUGGAAAAAAGCAUGCAGAAUACACACUGGAACGAGGUGACUUCCUCUCAGAGGAAUGGAGGGAGCGGAUCGCCAACACGAGUGUUAUAUUUGUGAAUAACUUUGCCUUUGGUCCUGAGGUGGAUCACCAGCUGAAGGAGCGAUUCGCAAACAUGAAGGAAGGCGGCAGAAUCGUAUCCUCCAAGCCCUUUGCCCCUCUGAACUUCAGGAUCAACAGCAGGAACCUGAGUGACAUUGGCACCAUCAUGCGUGUGGUGGAGCUGUCGCCCCUGAAGGGCUCUGUGUCAUGGACUGGCAAGCCUGUCUCCUACUACCUGCACACCAUUGACCGCACCAUACUUGAAAACUAUUUUUCUAGUCUGAAAAAUCCAAAACUCAGGGAGGAGCAGGAGGCAGCAAGGCGCAGGCAGCAGCGAGAGAACAAGAGCAAUGCGACCACGCCCACCAAAGUCCCUGAGAGCAAGGCAGCUGCCACUGAGGCCCCUGUGGAUUCUGGUGCUGAGGAAGAAAAAUCAGGUGUGGCCACUGUCAAAAAGCCAUCUCCCUCCAAAGCCCGGAAGAAGAAACUGAACAAGAAAGGGAGAAAGAUGGCUGGCCGGAAGCGUGGGCGGCCCAAGAAAAUGAGUGCUGCCAGUGCCGAGCGCAAGUCCAAGAAGAGCCAAAGUGCACUGGACCUCCUGCACUCCCCACCCCCAGCCCCACCCUCAGCCUCACCCCAGGAUGCCUACAGGGCACCUCACAGCCCGUUCUACCAGCUACCUCCGAGCACGCAGCCGCACUCACCCAGCCCACUGCUAGUGGCCCCUACUCCACCUGCACUGCAGAAGCUUUUAGAGUCCUUCAGAAUCCAGUACCUGCAGUUCCUGGCGUACACCAAGACCCCACAGUACAAGGCUAACCUGCAGCAGCUUCUGGACCAGGAGAAGGAGAAGAACACACAGCUGCUGGGUACAGCCCAGCAGCUCUUCGGCCAUUGCCAGGCCCAAAAGGAAGAGAUCCGCAGGCUGUUCCAGCAGAAGCUGGAUGAGUUGGGCGUGAAGGCGCUGACCUACAAUGACCUGAUUCAGGCCCAGAAGGAAAUCUCUGCCCACAACCAGCAGCUGCGGGAGCAGUCAGAACAGCUGGAGAAGGACAACAGCGAGCUUCGGAGCCAGAGCCUGCAGCUGCUCAGGGCCCGGUGCGAGGAGCUGAGGCUUGACUGGUCCACACUGUCCCUGGAGAACCUGCGGAAAGAGAAGCAGGCCCUGCGGAGCCAGAUCUCAGAGAAGCAACGGCACUGCCUGGAGCUGCAGAUCAGCAUCGUGGAGCUGGAGAAGACCCAGCGCCAGCAGGAGCUCCUGCAGUUGAAGUCCUGUGUACCGCCCGAUGACGCUCUGUCCCUGCAUCUUCGUGGCAAGGGUGCCCUGGGCCGCGAGCUGGAAGCUGAUGGUGGGCGCUUGCGCCUUGAGCUGGACUGUGCCAAGAUCUCCCUGCCACACCUCAGCAGCAUGAGCCCUGAGCUGUCCAUGAACGGCCAUGCUGCCAGCUACGAGCUCUGCAAUGCAGCUAGUCGGCCCUCAUCUAAGCAGAACACCCCCCAGUACCUGGCCUCCCCCUUGGACCAGGAGGUGGUACCCUGCACCCCUAGCCACAGCGGCCGGCCUCGGCUAGAGAAGCUGUCUGGCCUGGCUUUGCCUGACUACACUCGGCUGUCACCUGCCAAGAUUGUGUUGAGGCGGCACCUGAGCCAGGACCACACUGGGGCUAGCAAAGCGGUUACCAGUGAGCCACACCCUCGGCCAGAGCAGGCCAAGGAGAGCAGCCUUCCCUUCCAGAGCCCCGGCUUGUCCAGCAGCCUGAAGCUCAGCCCCCAGGACCCGCCGCUGGCCUCCCCAGCCACCUCGCCCCUCAUCUCCGAGAAGGGCAGUGAGAAGGGUGUGAAGGAGCGUGGCUACAGCAGCCAUGGGGAGACCAUCACCAGCCUGCCUGUUAGCAUUCCGCUCAGCACGGUACAGCCCAACAAGCUGCCCGUCAGCAUCCCACUGGCCAGCGUGGUGCUGCCCAGCCGUGCCGAGAGGGCGAGGAGCACCCCCAGCCCUGUGCCACAGCCCCGGGACUCCUCAUCCACACUUGAAAAGCAGAUUGGUGCAGGGGGUGCUGCAGCAGGAAGCAGGAACAUCGGUGUGGCGCCCACAGGUUUCUAUACUGGUUCGGUGGCCAUCAGUGGGGCCCUGGCCAGCAGCCCAGCACCUUUGGCCUCUGGAAUGGAAUCUGCUGUUUUUGAUGAGUCCUCCGGCCCCAGCAGCCUCUUUGCCACCAUGGGGUCUCGCAGCACACCACCACAACACCCACCUAUCCUGUCACAGUCCCGCAACUCGGGCCCUGCCUCUCCUGCCCACCAGCUCACAGCCAGUCCCCGCCUGAGUGUGACCACCCAGGGCUCGCUGCCAGACGCCAGCAAAGGGGAUCUGCCUUCUGAUCCUGCCUUCUCAGACCCAGAGAGCGAAGCUAAGAGGAGGAUUGUGUUCAGCAUUUCAGCUGGUGCCAGCUCAAAGCAGUCACCUUCCACCAGGCACAGCCCCUUGACCUCUGGCACCCGUGGGGACUGUGUGCAGAGCCACAGUCAGGACAGUCGUAAACGCAGCAGAAGGAAGCGCGCGUCCGCUGGGACACCUAGCCUCAGCACAGGGGUGUCCCCCAAGCGCCGGGCUCUGCCGACUGUUGCUGGCCUCUUUACACAGUCCUCGGGGUCUCCUCUUAAUCUCAACUCCAUGGUCAGCAACAUCAAUCAGCCCCUGGAGAUCACAGCCAUCUCAUCCCCCGAGAGCUCCCUGAAGAGCUCCCCCACCCCCUACCAGGACCAUGACCAGCCUCCGGUGCUCAGGAAGGAGCGGCCCUUGGGACCAACUAAUGGGGCCCACUACUCACCACUGACCUCAGAUGAGGAGCCAGGCUCUGAGGAUGAGCCCAGCAGUGCCCGAAUUGAGAGAAAAAUUGCAACAAUCUCUUUAGAAAGCAAAUCUCCCCCGAAGACACUGGAAAAUGGUGGCAGCUUGGUGGGAAGGAAGUCAGUCCCCUCGAGCGAGCCUGUCAACAGCAGCAAAUGGAAGUCCACCUUCUCACCCAUCUCUGACCUGGGCUUGGUCAAGGCCGUGGACAGUCCGCUGCAGGCUGGUUCUGCCCUGAGCCACAGCCCCCUGUUCUCUUUCCGGCCGUCCCUGGAGGAGCCUGCUGCUGAGGCCAAGCUCCCCACCCACCCAAGGAAAAGCUUUGCUGGCUCUCUGGGUGCAGCUGAGGGCCCAAGCCCUGGCACCAACCCUCCCAAUGGCCUGGCCUUCAGCGGAGGCCUUGCCGCAGACCUCGGUUUACACAGCUUCAACGACGGUGCUUCCCUCCCCCACAAGGGCUCCGACGUGACUGGCCUGAGUGCUUCCCUCAGCUUCCCAUCCCAGAGGGGCAAGGACGGUGCCACCGAGGCCAACCCCUUCCUCAGCAGGCGGCAGCCAGAGGGCCUGGGUGGCCUGAAGGGUGAGGGCAGUACAAGCAAGGAGUCAGGAGAGAGUCUGCCCCUGUGCGGGCCCUCGGACAAGGCCUCACUGCCACACGGCAGCAGGGCCAGCAAAGGCCGAGACCGAGAGCUGGACUUCAAGGGCGGCCACAACCUCUUCAUCUCGGCUGCAGCCGUGCCUCCAGGUGGCCUCCUUGGUGGCCCUGGUCUUGUAACUGUGGCUUCCUCUGCGGGCAGUGCGACACCCGCUGCCCAGGCUCCCCGGCCUUUCCUGAGCACCUUUGCCCCUGGGCCCCAGUUUACUCUGGGCCCCAUGUCCCUCCAGGCCAGCCUGGGUUCUGUGGCCGGCUCCUCUGUGCUGCAGUCCUUGUUCAGCACUGUGCCGGCUGCUGCAGGCCUGGUGCACGUGUCCUCUACUGCGACCCGACUGACCAACUCACACACCAUGGGCAGCUUCUCCUCUGGGGUGGCCGGCGGAGCCGUUGGAGGUGUCUUUACCCACGCGGUGCCCUCCGCCUCCGCUCACCCGUUUGGAGCUGGUGUCGGCAGCGGGGCUGUGUGUAGCAGUGCCACGCUGGGCCUGAGCCCGCUGCAGGCGGCGGCCAGCACCUCGGCUUCUUCCUUUCAGGCCGCGGCUUCGGUCGAGACUCGGCCGCCCCCUCCACCUCCCCUACUUCCUCCUCAGCAUCUCGGGCGGCCCCCUGCGGGGCCACCCGUCCUCCACGCACCCCCCCCUCCUAACGUCGCCUUGCCUCCUCCGCCUGCGCUGCUGGCUUCUAACCCUGAGCCAGUGCUUCUGCAGAGCCUGGCCUCCCUCCCGGCUAACAACGCUUUCUUACCCCCCUCCUCUGCCGCCUCUCUGCAGCCUGCUAAUGCCUCUCUAUCUGUCAAGCUCGCCUCCCUCCCGCACAAGGUCUCCCGCCCCUCCUUCACGGUGCACCACCAGCCCCUGCCCCGGCUGGCCCUGGCGCAGGCCGCGCCCGCCGCCCCACAGGCCAGCACCUCGGGGCCAUCUGCUGUGUGGGUUUCCCUUGGCAUGCCGCCUCCUUAUGCCGCGCACCUUUCGGGGGUUAAGCCUCGAUAAAGACCUUGCUUAGCUAGCAGUUCAUGUUCUGUAAGGUAAGGCUAGAGCCAAACCGUCCUUCCUCUUGCCCAGAAGACGGCUGGCAGGGCUCGGCAGAUGCCUGGGGGCUUGAGUGCUAGAGAUGGGGGGCUAAGGGAGGCAAGCAGGGCCACCACUGUACCAGAGCACCUACCUGCUCCUCAGCCCGCCCCUGAGAGGGCAGCGGAAGUGAUGAGAUUCAAGUGUGGCAGACCAGAGCUAAGGGCAGCCUGCAGUCACCAUGAGGCUCCUGGCCCAUAGCAGUUCAUAAUGAUGGGGUUGCAGUUUUAGCUUCAGCCUCCCCCUUCAAGUUCAGCUAUGCAGAAGAAAGAAGGGGUAGUCGGUGGGUGAGGUUCCAGGCUGUCCAUAGGCAGCAAACAGCCUAGAGUAGCAUGGCAUCCUUGAGCAUAGAGUUGGGGCUUGAGGGAGGUACAGGGAGGCCCACCUACCUCUCCUAAACAGAGGCUGUGAGACCCUGCCUGGCUGUCUGCCCUCUAAGUGAAGAAGAGCCAUUGGGUGUGACUGUGUGGUGGCAGUAGCCUGGGCAGAGAGGGCAACGUGGCCAUCACCAUCUGUAGGUCCUAGGACUAGACCUCUCCAGCUGACCUACUCUGAGUACUCAGCGAGGCCGACCUGGAGGGGCUGGGCCCACCAGCGCCUGCCAGGAAUGACCCCUAUGCCCUUGCUGGGCAGCUCAGCUGAGGCAGGCGUCUUGAAUGCACCUAACCUGUGCCCCUCCUCCCUACAGGUAAUUAGGACUUCUACUACCUCAGCCACGACCUAUGCAAGGACGGUGUGGACCAAGCCUGCUGCCUGCCAGGCCGGCGGAGCCGGACAUGGAGCCACUGUGAAUCGGCGGCACCGCAGGAGGUGCUGGACUGGUCCAGUUUGUACUGUCAAUAGUUUUAGAUAAAGUAUUUAUCGUUUUUUUUUUUUUUUUAAGUAUAAGCAAUCCUGACGUUAUUCCAUCAAAGUCGUCCAAGGCAACCACUUGAGACGCUGACGUGUCUGUGAGAGAGAAUAAUAGGAAGACGUGGCCUGCUGGGCUGGCCACCACGAGGACUCCUGACUCCGUCCCGGUGCUAUCUCACCAGCAAGCCCAUGCCUGCCCAUCUCCACCUCUGCCCUGGGUGCUGCCCCAAACGUGGACUGUGGCCAGACAGUUCUGAGAUGCACCCCCAACACUUUGUUCUGUCACCAAAGGCACACCUGGCAUGCCCGAUGGGGGCUGGCCUUCGGGUCCCCCUCCUCGGAACUUGCCUGCUGUCACUGUGAACACCCCACUGUUAACCCUGUGGCUUCAGGCGUGCCUUUGGAGUGGGUGCAGACUGGGCAGGGGCAGGACUGGGGGUUGCCAGCUGGGCCGAUGAGUGGUGCUGACAGGUGAGGGCCACUACUGCAGGGCUCGGUGGCUCCUGUGACAAGUGCAUUUACUUUGUAUUUCUUUGCUUUUCUGGCUCGGGGCAUGCUGGUCAGGUGAUGUGGGGCUGGCCCAGUGUGGGUCCCCUGGCAUCUGUGUAUAAGAGAGUCACAUGAUCAGUGACAGUAUUUUAUAGAGAUUUGAUGGAGAUUUAUAAAUUUCAUAGACUUGACUGCAUUUAUUUUUAGAUUGUAUAAUGCACAGUGAACUUUAAAGAAAAGGAAAGAAAAGUGAGGAGGAAAAAUACUUUUAUUUAUUCAAAUGCACAACAAAGAAAAGAAUGGCACUGGCCAGGGACCCUGCAGGAGUGCGGCCCAGAUGUGCUGGGCUGCCCGGGGCCUCUGGUCACUAUGGGCAUCGCCUGCCUGUGUCUAGGAGUUGCUUCCUGGCCCUCGGGAUAGGUGCACUGGGAGUGACAGCAGAAGUCAGGGCUAGUUUGACUUUCUAAGAUAGUCCUGACUGCCCUCAGUGUUGUUCACUUCCAGUCGUGGGUUGGUGGGCUAUAAGGGGAGAGGCCAUGCCCAACCCCAACCCACUUCCCAAAGCAGUUGUGAAGACGGUGCUGGUGUCCUCUCCCACCCCCUUCCCACCCUGCGAUGGUGCUCACGUUCGGCAGGCCUGUUUCUGUGCACCACAGCUAACUAAGGUGCUGCAGAACAGGGUGGCCGAAACAAAAGCUAGCAAAUCCCAGGCCUGGAACAAACCCGAGUGAACACUGUACACACCACCCGCCCGCCAUGCUGGCAGCUGCUGCUCCAGUGGUCGCUGCCUCCACCUUACUUGAGUGUUAGGGGACAGACACUGCAUGUUCAUGGCCCAGUGGGCCACAGGUGCUCCGAGCACAGCUGCAUGUCCUCUCCUGAGCCCAUAAGAAACGGAAACCCAUAGUAAACUGACCAUGGUGCAUGGUGGCCCCAGGCACCCUGUGACUGAUGGUCCUGGUACAGGGUAAGGCUGCCUCAGUGGUCCUUGCCACUCCAACCCACGGUUGCUGCAGGGCUUUGAGCUCAGGAACUGAUAGAAAGCCCUACAGACUGGGACCACCACUCUCACGCUAGCUAGCCCAGACGGGACCCACCUCCCAGUUCCCACCCUCAAUCUACACAGCUUUUUUGACAGCCUGGCCUGUUUGUAACUUGACGCAGCAUCGCUCUGUCUUGUACUGACCUCUGUACGUAACGGUGCAUUGUUCUCUUCCCUUGGUUCCCCAAGGCAUCUCACACAUUGUUGCUGCCUCUAGACACAGUAUAAUAAAUAAAGCCGUUUUCACUUGA